ACCAUGCUCUCCGUCGCCGUGCUCCUCCUGGUGCUGCUGUGCCCAGGCUUGCCGCAGAAGUCCGAGCCACUCAGCGGCCCCAACUCGCAGCCGGUAUUCCGCGGAGCCGAUCGCUACGACUUCGCCGUCUUGGUGGGACCUGCGGGGACGGAAUGCGUCUGGCACUUUGCACAUCAGAGUGGCAAUUUCUACUUUGGCUACGAGGUACAAUGGACAUCAGGAAUAAUGCAGGACAGAUACGUCUCCGCCUCGGCUCACACUCCACAGGGAUUUCUCAUUGAGACCUCCAAGGAUGUACGAGGACAAAUCAACUUCCAGACCAAGGAGACUGGAUUUUACCAGCUGUGUGUGAAUAACUGGCAGAACCACUUUGGCUCAGUCCAGGUGUACCUCAACUUUGGCGUAUUUUACGAUGGAGUAGGACCUGAGCAUCCUGAGGACCACAGGCAGAAGCUCAACGACACACUGGCAACUAUUGAGGAAAGCGCCCAUCUCGUACAGAAUCGCGUUCUGCACAUGUGGAGAUACUAUAACUUCGCCCGCAUGAGGAGAGGCUCCGACUACUACAGGCUGAUGUCCAACUAUCACUACGUGAACUGGUGGUCGGCCGGUACCAGCCUGCUAAUCGUGGUCUCCGGGGUCCUGCAGCUCCACUUCCUAAAACGCCUUUUCCUGGUGAAGCCCACCACGGAGACACAAAAGCCACGGUGCUGA